CAGCGCAUUCGCUAUCUUAGGUGUUGUUCCCUCUCGUAGGCUUGGUGUCUAUUACAGCACUAUGCGCACUAGCUCAGUCGAGUCAAUUCUAUCAAGCCGUUCCCGGGUUCGGUAGCCGCUAUGCUGUUGAUUUGAUUUGGAUGCCGCCCGACCUCGAAACUAACUUCGGACGCCAACCGCGAGGUUUACCGUAUGUCGAUACCAAGGGAACGGUUCAUCUUUUGGUCCUUUGGCUUCUGAUUUUCGAGGGCCAACAAGAAAUCACGCACUCGGCGCUUGUUAUCACUCGUUGGUCAAGCAAUGCAAUUUCGAUUUCUUCGGCACAGUACCAAUUCCAUAAGUUUAAUUCCGGGUAUCAAUGGUUAAGGCCGAAGGAUAAUCGCUCAGUUUUCAACUUGACCCCAGCCGUUGCCAAGAUCUGUUUCCUUGAUUUUCAAAGACCAGGAACGCCGGUCGAGAUGAAGAGCAACGGGGGUUUUGGGUUGAUCGAGUAACGAGUUUUCUCGAGUCGAGAAAAGACGUAAGCCAUCGUCUUGCACCAGUGUCGUUUUGCCUCAUCCAAGGAUCAAUUGUACAUGUGGUGAUAUCUUCAAAAAAGUCUAGAAUUUGAUGUAGACAAGGUGUAACUUGCAAGGGGCAUCAAACAACGAUGAGCUCCAUAUAAACUCACAAAUUCAAGAAUUUACACUACCGUCCAAGGCAUUGAUUUUAUCCCAAACCUAUUGGGGAUAUGGCUGACAACUUCGGCGUGGAUAAG